GAGGAGGAGGAGAGGACGAGGAGGGGGAGGGGGCAGAGGCGGAAGAAACUGACGUGGCUCUCUGAGAUGGAGCCCAGCGUGAUUCAUCAGCAGGAGCUGUAACGGUGGAGGCUGCUUCUGGCCCUAGGCGGGAUGGGGAGGGAGCGUCUGGAGCGCUCAGUAGAGGCGCCCUGAGCGGACCUUUUACAGUAUCUGGAGGUGGAGAGGGAGGUCGGCCUCAAUCGUCCGUGGCGUCUACAGCUAGUUCCUUUCCCUUCGGCCGCGGAGUGCCCACGAAGGUCAAGAUGGAAGAGAUACUGAGAAAGCUGCAGAAGGAAGCGUCCGGGAGCAAAUACAAAGCCAUCAAGGAGAGCAGCACCUUGGCCGUAGAAAUGUUGAGUGGUCCAGAUACCAUUGUCAAGAUUCCAUCUUACCAGCUGAGGGAGAAGUGUCUCCUUCCUCUCCAACUUGCUUUGGAAUCCAAGAACAUGAAAUUGGCUCAGUAUGCUCUGGCAGGGAUGCAGAAGCUGCUAUCAGAUGAGAGAUUCGUCUCCAUGGAAACAGACUCCGAUGAGAAGCAGUUGCUUAAUCAGAUCCUGAAUGCUGUCAGAGUGACUCCUUCUCUCAAUGAAGAUCUGCAGGUAGAAGUGAUGAAGGUUUUACUUUGCAUAACUUAUUCAUCCACCUUUGACAUGAAUGGAAGUGCAGUGCUGAAGAUUGCAGAGGUGUGCAUUGAGACAUACGUAUCUAGCUGUCACCAACGUAGUAUUAAUACUGCUGUGCGGGCAACUCUCAGUCAAAUGUUGAGUGACUUGACUUUACAGUUACGGCAAAGGCAGGAGAACACGAUUAUUGAAAAUCCAGAUAUCCCUCCCGAUUUGGGGAAACAAGGUUCAACUUUAGAAACCCUCUGUGAUGAUGUCGUCUCUGUCCUCUCCGUCUUGUGUGAGAAGUUACAAGCCUCGAUAAAUGAAAAUCAACAGCUACAACUUCUUUACCUGGAGUGUAUUCUGUCCAUGCUUAACAGUUGCUCUACAACGAUGCAUAACCACAAAGGUUUCACCGACCUCAUUUGGAAGCACCUGUGUCCAGCUCUCAUAGUGAUCCUGGGAAAUCCCAUUCAUGAUAAAACCAUCACCUCUGCUCACAGCAACAGCAUCAGCAUUGAGUCUGAUUCCUCUUCCUCAGGAGUUUCUGAUCAUGGCCGAGGAUCUGGGUGUUCCUCAACAGCACCAGCUCUCAGUGGGCCUGUAGCCCGCACAAUAUACUACAUUGCAGCUGAGCUCAUCCGUUUGGUGGGGUCAGUGGAAUCCAUGAAGCCAGUGCUGCAGUCCCUUUAUCAUCGGGUGUUGCUGUAUCCCCCACCCCAGCACCGAGUGGAAGCUAUUAAGAUCAUGAAAGAGAUACUUGGUAGUCCCCAGAGGCUCUGUGAUUUGGCAGGGCCCAGCGCCAUUGAACUCGAAUCCAGGAAAAGAUCAGUUUCAAAAAGAAAGUCACAUCUAGAUCUUCUCAAACUCAUUAUGGAUGGAAUGACAGAAGCUUGUAUAAAAGGUGGUAUUGAAGCCUGCUUUGCUUCAGUAUCCUGUGUCUGCACCCUACUUGGAGCAUUAGAUGAACUUAGCCAGGGCAAAGGAUUGAGUGAGGAACAGGUACAGCUGCUGCUCCGGCGCAUCGAUGAGUUGAAAGAUGGGGCAGAGUCGAGCCGUGAAUCCAUGGAGAUCAAUGAAGCAGACUUUCGGUGGCAAAGGCGAGUCCUGUCCUCAGAACACACCCCAUGGGAAUCAGGAAAUGAGAAGAGCCCUGACAUUAGCAUUAGUGUUACCACGGAUACAGGUCAGACCACUUUGGAGGGUGAAAUGGGGCAGACCACGCCCGAGGAGACCCCCGAAACCCAAAAGAGCUGUUUAAAGUCGCCAGCCGUACAAGAGAGUAAGGAAAUUCUCAGGAAAGAGCGAGAAUCAGAAGCGAUAGACCAACCAGAUGUUGUUCAGAGAAGCCACACUGUUGUUUACCCUGACAUAACUAAUUUCCUGUCCGUUGAUUGCAGGACGAGAUCCUACGGAUCCAGAUAUAGUGAGAGUAAUUUCAGUGUAGAUGACCAAGACCUUUCUAGGACUGAAUUUGAUUCCUGUGAUCAGUACUCCAUGGCAGCAGAAAAAGACUCGGGGAGGUCUGAUGUCUCAGACAUUGGGUCUGAUAAUUGUUCUCUAGCUGACGAAGAGCAGACCCCGAGGGAUUGCCUGGGCCACAGAUCUUUAAGGACGGCUGCCCUCUCGUUAAAACUGCUGAAGAGCCAGGAGGCAGAUCAGCACAGCGCCAGGUUGUUUGUGCAAACCCUGGAGAACCUUCUCCCUCGGCUCCUUGCUCUCCCCACUGUGGAAGAGGUGGACUCUGCCCUCCAGAACUUCUCCUCAACCUUCUGUUCAGGUAUGAUUCACUCUCCUGGAUUUGACAGCACCAACAGCCUCAGCUUUCAAAUCCUGAUGAAUGCGGACAGUCUCUACAUGGUCUCACACUACACUCUCCUGCUCAACCUGAAGCUCUCUAAUGGUGAUUACUACAGAAAGAAGCCAACACUUGCACCUGUCAUGUUGAAAGAGUUUAUGAAGCAGGUCCAAACCAGUGGAGUGCUGAUGGUUUUCUCUCAAGCUUGGAUUGAAGAACUUUACCAUCAGGUGCUUGAUCGAAACAUGCUUGGUGAAGCAGGAUAUUGGGGAAGUCCCGAAGAACACAGCCUUCCCCUCAUCACCAUGUUAACUGAUAUUGAUGGCUUGGAGAGCAGUGUCAUAGGUGGCCAACUGAUGGCAUCAGCUUCUACAGAGUCUCCUCUCAUCCAGAACCAGAGAACAGAUGAUUCCAUAGUGGCAGGUGUUGCUUUUGCCCGUUAUAUUCUGAUUGGCUGCUGGAAGAACCUGAUUGAUACUUUGUCUACACCUCUGACUGGUCGCAUGGCUGGAAGCUCCAAGGGACUGGCAUUCAUUCUGGGUGCUGAAGGAGUCAAAGAACAGAACCAGAAAGAACGAGACUCCAUCUGCAUGAGUCUUGAUGGACUGAGGAAAGCAGCUCGACUGAGCUGUGCUCUAGGAGUUGCUGCUAAUUGUGCAUCAGCACUUGCUCAGAUGGCUGCUGCAUCUUGUGUACAGGAAGAGAAAGAGGAGAGAGAAGUUCAAGAGCCCAGUGAUGCUAUAACUCAAGUGAAACAAAAAGUGGAACAGAAACUGGAGCAGAUUGGGAAGGUUCAAGGAGUGUGGCUGCACACAGCACAUGUUUUGUGCAUGGAUGCCAUCCUCAAUGUGGGCCUGGAAAUGGGAAGCCACAAUCAGGACUGUUGGCCACAUGUGUUCAGAGUAUGUGAAUAUGUUGCAACACUGGAGCACAGCCAUUUCAGCGAUGGCACGAGUCAGCCUGCUCUGCCUAUCAGCCAGCCCCAGAAGACCUCUGGAGGGACAGGGGUCCUGGCAGAUUACGAGUCAGAAUGUUUACCCCAGGAAUCUCACCUUGAGCAGGACAGCUCACUGCGCAGCACACCCAUCAUUCAGCAGCUGUCCAUUCAGGAGCUCAUUAAGGAGGGCCGGAAGGGCCGAGCUUUUGACUUUCGAGGUGGCAGCCUUUUGAGUGGGAGUAGCGCUGCCAAAGCUGUCCUCACCCUUUCCACCCAAGCUGACAGACUCUUUGAAGAUGCUGCUGACAAGCUGAAUUUAAUGGCGUUAGCAGGUUUUCUAUACCAGUUGAAAAAAGCUUCUCAGUCCCAGCUUUUCCAUUCUGUUACAGAUACCGUCGAUUACUCUUUAGCAAUGCCAGGAGAAGUUAAAUCCACCCAAGAUAGGAGAAGUGCUCUCCACCUGUUCCGUCUUGGGGAUUCAAUGCUCAGAAUAGUCCGGAGUAAAUCUCGUCCACUCCUCCAUUUCAUGCGCUGUUGGAGCCUUGUGGCUCCUCAUUUGGUAGAGGCUGCCUGCCAUAAGGAAAGGCACGUUUCUCAGAAAGCGGUCUCCUUCAUCCAUGACAUCCUCACAGAGGUUCUGACAGAUUGGAGCGAGCCCCCUCAUUUUCAUUUCAAUGAAGCACUGUUCCGUCCCUUCGAACGUAUCAUGCAGCUAGAACUGUGCGAUGACGAUGUCCAGGACCAGGUAGUCACUUCAAUAGGAGAGUUGGUUGAAGUAUGUUCUACUCAGAUCCAGUCAGGAUGGAGGCCCUUAUUCAGUGCCCUGGAGACAGUGCACAGCAGUAAUAAAUCAGAAAUGAAGGAAUAUCUUAUAGGAGACUACUCCAUGGGAAAGGGUCAGGCCCCUGUUUUUGAUGUCUUUGAAGCCUUUCUGAAUACGGACAACAUCCAGGUGUUUGCCAAUGCAGCCACCAGUUAUAUUAUGUGCCUUAUGAAGUUUGUCAAAGGAUUGGGAGAAGUGGAAUGUAAAGAGAUCGGGGAUUGUGUGCCAGGGUCAACAUCAACAUCAACAGACUUGUGCCUUCCCGCUCUUGAUUACCUCAGGAAGUGUUCUCAGUUGCUUGCCAAAAUCUACAAGAUGCCCUUGAAACCAAUUUUCCUUGGUGGGAGGCUUGCCAGCUUGCCUCGGAGAGUUCAAGAGAACUCGGCCAGUAGUGAGGAUGGGAUAGAAUCAAUACUUUCUGAUUUUGAUGAUGAUACUGGUCUUAUAGAAGUCUGGAUCAUCCUUCUAGAACAGCUGACAGCUGCUGUAUCCAAUUGUCCUCGUCAGCAUCAACCUCCUACCCUGGAUUUACUCUUUGAGCUCUUGAGAGAUGUUACCAAAGUACCUGGACCAGGGUUUGGGAUAUAUGCAGUUGUACAUCUCCUCCUUCCUGUGAUGUCCCUGUGGCUCCGCCGUAGCCAUAAAGACCAUGCUUACUGGGAUGUCGCCUCAGCUAAUUUCAAGCAUGCCAUUGGUUUGUCCUGUGAAUUGGUGGUGGAACAUAUCCAGAGCUUUAUACAUUCAGAUAUUAGGUAUGAAAAUAUGAUCAACACAAUGCUAAAAGAUCUCUUCGAGUUAUUGGUAGCAUGUGUGGCCAAGCCGACAGAAACUAUCUCCAGAGUUGGCUGUUCUUGUAUUCGGUAUGUCCUUGUAACAGCAGGGCCUGUUUUCACUGAAGAAAUGUGGAGGCUUGCGUGCUGUGCCCUACAAGAUGCGUUCUCUGCCACGCUAAAACCAGUGAAGGACCUAUUGGGCUGUUUCCACAGUGGCAAUGAAAGUUUCAGUAGUGAUGGAUGCCAGGUGAGAGUGGCAGCCCCCUCUUCUUCCCCUAGUGCUGAGGCGGAAUACUGGAGGAUCCGAGCCAUGGCACAACAAGUGUUUAUGUUAGACACUCAGUGCUCACCAAAGACUCCAAACAACUUCGAUCAUGCCCAAUCCUGUCAGCUGAUCAUUGAGCUGCCUCCUGAUGAGAAGCCAAAUGGGCACACCAAGAAAAGUGUCUCUUUCAGGGAAAUUGUGGUGAGUUUAUUGUCUCAUCAAGUGCUUCUCCAGAACUUGUAUGAUAUCUUAUUGGAAGAGUUUGUCAAAGGCCCCUCCCAAGGAGAAGAGAAGACAGUUCAAGUGCCAGAAAACAAGUUGGCUGGUUUCCUCAGGUAUAUCUCCAUGCAGAACUUGGCCGUCAUCUUUGACUUGCUGUUGGAUUCCUAUAGAACAGCCAGAGAGUUUGACACCAGCCCAGGGUUGAAAUGCCUGCUGAAGAAAGUGUCUGGCAUUGGAGGGGCAGCCAACCUAUACCGCCAGUCUGCAAUGAGCUUUAACAUUUAUUUUCAUGCCCUAGUCUGUGCUGUCUUGACCAACCAGGAGAAUAUCACUGCUGAACAGGUGAAGAAAGUCCUUUUUGAAGACGAUGAAAGAAGUACCGAUUCUUCCCAACAGUGUUCAUCAGAGGAUGAAGAUAUUUUUGAGGAAACAGCACAGGUCAGUCCCCCUCGGGGGAAGGAGAAAAGACAAUGGCGGGCUAGAAUACCCUCUCUGAGUGUCCAGCCAGUCAGCAAUGCAGACUGGGUGUGGCUGGUCAAAAGGCUUCAUAAGCUCUGCAUGGAACUGUGCAACAAUUACAUCCAGAUGCAUUUGGAUCUAGAGAAUAAUGUGGAGGAACCUCCUACCUUCAAGAGCGACCCUUUCUUUAUCCUUCCCUCCUUCCAAUCUGAAUCAUCCACCCCAUCCACAGGAGGGUUUUCGGGGAAGGAUACACCUUCUGAGGACGACCGAAGUCAGUCAAGGGACCAUAUGAUUGAUGCCAUGACCCCAAAGGGAAACAUCGGGGAAAUGUCAGAGUUGCCCGCCAGCCCAAGGGGGGAGAGGAAAGAUCAAAGCAGGAAGAAAGAGUGGUGGGAGAGUGCAGGAAACAAAAUCUAUACCAUGGCCACCGACAAGACUAUUUCAAAGUUGAUGACUGAGUACAAGAAAAGGAAGCAGCAGCAACAUAACCUAGUCCCAUUUGCCAAAGACAUGAAGGUGGAGAAGAAAGGAGAGCAACUGGUCUCGAGGGGACCAGAUUCACCCCUCCUCCAGCGACCACAACAUCUGAUAGACCAGGGCCAAAUGAGGCAUUCCUUCAGUGCUGGCCCAGAAGUCCUGAGGCAAGAGAAAAGGCCACGCUCUGGCUCAACAGUGAGCACCCUGAGUAUAUCUGUGAGAGACGCUGAGGCCCAGAUCCAGGCAUGGACCAACAUGGUGCUAACAGUUCUCAAUCAGAUUCAGAUCUUGCCGGACCAGAUGUUUAUUGCACUCCAGCCAGCAGUAUUCCCUUGUAUCAGCCAACUGACUUGUCAUGUGACUGAUAAUCGUGUUCGCCAGGCUGUAAGGGAAUGGCUUGGAAGAGUGGGCCGAGUCUAUGACAUCAUCAUAUAGAAGAAAUCCAUUCUAUCAGAUGGGAGAAGAAAGUAAUGAGGGUUAAAGGUAUGCCAACAAUCUGGUUGACAAUUUCUCACCUCCCCCUUUAACAUUUAGGAGAAGGAGCCUAUACAUUUGGAGAUGGUAACCAAACAAGAAGCCUUUCAGGAUACCCAACCUUGAGCUGGCCAUGUGUCUGGUCUAGGCAAAUGCACUGUGUGAGAUUCAUUGAUCUCACUCAUUGCUUUAGAAGUGUCUGUAUCAUUGAAGUACAUCUUUCUAUACAUUGAACAUUAUUACCCAUUGCUUCAGCAUGUGAUUAUUUAUAGGAAGGUCAUAUCCAAGGGCUACUCUUUUGAAAGCACUUUGUUGGCUAAGUGGAAUUAGAUACAGUGAGACUAUUGCAAUUGAUGCCACCCCUUCCAAAAAAAAAGCUUGCUAUUAAGUCAGAAUAGUGUCAAAGGCUCAGAAAAUCAGUAGCAGGUGAUGUUAAUGGUAGGAAGAGCUAGACCACCCAUAUCAAUUUGAUGGGGAAGGAAGCUGAUACAAGGAUAUGGUUAAAUGAAAGACACCUUUUUCCAAAUAAGGCCAAAAGAUUAUCAGGAAGCUUGUAAAAAAUAAUUCUUAGUAAAUCAAGCUUUAUAAGCAUUUGUACCAACUUGACCAAGAAGAGUAUGUUCAAGUUUUUGUAUGUCCCUAUUUAUAUAGAGACCCUUUCCUGAAAGGGUUUGAGAUCAUGACAGCAGCCCUAGCCCUAUACUCACAAUGCCCAAUAAUUUAUUAGAGUACCAUUAUUAGAAGAUUUAGGAGCUCUCGUACGGUUAGGAAUGGUUGGGUUGACUUAAUCUCACAAUUGAUGUUUUGAGAACAGGUAGGGGAACAGUGUGAAUCAAUGGUGUCUCAGAUACUCCGGUUUUCUUAUGCAGAGACAGACCUGAGUAUCAUAUUUAUCUGAAUAUAAGGUAAAAUGCUAAAAAAAAUUUUUUUUAACACAUCUUACCUUACAUUCACAGAUAUGGGUCAUAGGUAAUAAAAACUCAAGGGUCCUUCUUUGAUUCCUACCUUCAUUGCUGGUUGCUUCUAACCCCUUGUAAAUUAUACUUCUGGGCAGGGAAAGGUACAAGAACUAGGCUGUGUGAUUUAACUAAUUUAAGAUCUGCUUUUAAAACCUUAUUAUAGGGGGUAGCUAGGUGGCGCAGUGGAUAAAAGCACUGGCACUGGAUUCAGGAGAACCUGAGUUCAAAUCUGGUCUCAGACAUUUGACAGUUAUUAGCUGUGUGACCCUGGGCAAGUCGCUUAAGCCCCAUUGUCCCGCAAAAACAAAUAAAAACCUUAUUAUAUCUCUAAUUUAAGAUCUGCUUUUAAAACCUUACUAUAUAUCUUUGUUCUGCCCUUUUCUUUUAGAGUAGAACUCUAAGAGUCUCUAAAAUUGAACACAAGUGGUUAAAAAGAGACUGGGAAGAAGUUUAUUGUAAAGUAAUACCAGCUUUGGGAUUGGACCUGGAAAAGCUAUGGAGUGAAGAGGGUCAUUUUGCAUCACAAAGAGCAAGGAAUUGAGUGUUUAAUACAGUCAAGUUCAUUUAUGAACUUGAUAUUUCUCUUCUUUUGUAUUCAAGGCCACUGAUACUGAAGUCAACCCAAUUAAUGGGACAAGGAUAGUUAAACCAUAGAUUACACUAACCUUUAUCUAGAUGCUACAAGAGAAGAAAUUUAGAACAUAACUUUUAAUUAUUACAAUAUAUUUUAGAUUUCUCAAAAUUCUAGGCUGUUAUGCUGAUAAAUUAAUCUUAUUAAGUUCUUAUGAAAGUUUUUCAGAGACAAGAGAUUAUUAUAGAACAAAUGAUGAUUCUCACCCAUCCACUCCCAACUUCUUUUAUUCCAAACUGAGUUUCUUACCAUUCUUACUAUUUGCCAAGCUAAUAAGGAUUUCCUACUGGUUCUUAUCCAGGUUUGGCCCCUAAAACGCUCCAUUGGGGAGGCCAAUUAUUCUUCCUUUGAUCUUAUAUGUUAUCUGGAAGGGUGAGGACUAGUUAUAACUCCCAAAUUUUAUGAGUGGACUAUUGAAGGCAUUUUUCUCUCCAGUAGUAGGGGGAGGGGCAGGGAAGAAACAACAUAAUUACAGAUUAUUCCAUAUAGUGGCAUCUACAAGGAAGAGAGGAAUGUGUUUCAAUUUGCACAAUACUUUUUCUUCAUACUCAUUGUUUAAUUUAUUUCAUUCCACUGGUCCAAGAAUCAAUCACUUUAGGAAAUGGUUUCCAAUUCUUGACAUUCUGUGAAGUAGAUCACCAAGCCAGAUUGACUCUAACUCUGUUUGGCUUCCAAAUAGUUUUAUAUGCUACAAAUUUCCUAUGUUUUAUGAGUGGACUUGGUGGCAUUAUAAGUACUUUUUAAAAGAAGACUGAGCUAUCUGUGUUUUUAUAGCUUAGCUUCCUCCUUGGAAAACCUUCAAGUGUUCUAUAAGUUGUGAAACUCUGUAUAUAUAAAACACAGAAUUAGGACAGCAAAUAUGGAAAGUAAAUUUGUUAUAUUGAAUUUUUUCUUGUAAUUUUAGAAGGGAAAAGCACCUGUUUUUCUCAACCACCAGGUAGGAUGUGGAAACUGCUUCCUCAUACAGAUAAAAUGCCACUUAAGGAUACUGACUAUAGCAGAGAUUCCCCUCAAAAAAUAUCCCCAAACAAUUAAUAAAGCACUGCUGGGGGGCAGCUAGAUGGCACAGUGGAUAGAGCACCAGCCCUGGAGUCAGGAGGACCUGAGUUCAAAUCCGGACUCAGACACUUAACACUUAUUAGCUGUGUGACCCUGGGCAAGUCACUUAACCCCAAUUGCCUCACUAAAAAAAAAAAAAAGCAUUGUUGGUUCUAAAUUGAGGUCCUCAGUUGACAGAAAUUGAAAAAAACUGUCUACUCUGCCUCUUUUACAUCUAAUUUAUGGGCAGCUAGGUGGCGCAGUGGAUAAGGCACUGUCCCUGGAUUCAGGAGGACCUGAGUUCAAAUUUGGCCUCAGACACUUGACACUUACUAGCUGUGUGACCCUGGGCAAGACACUUAACCCUCAUUGCCCUGCAAAAAAAGAAAAGAAAAGAAAAGAAAAGCAAUCCAAUUUAUGCACAAGUCAAGACAUCACCCCAUGAUGUCAUUGGUCCUCUUCUUCAAAAUGAAGCAACAAAUGACAAUAACAUUCUUGUAAAAAAAUCCUUCCAAGAAGCCAGAUACUGAAUCCUUAAAGUCAGAAGGGAGUUCAGCAUAGAAACAAGAGUUUGUAAAGCCAUCGGUUACAGAAUAAAGAAAGGCAAGUCUAGGCCAUCUUCAGUUUGUAAACAGUUUAUAAAAAUCAAUUCAUAAAUAAGUUUGGUACAGUUUCCCAUGGAAACAAUUAUAAAUUGUGGUUAGGUAGCUCAGAGAAAAUUUUCCUAUAAUUUUAAUGUGUGCUAAACUUUGUAAGUGGAGUUGGUGGCAUUAUAAGUACUUUUAAAAAGAAGACUGAGCUAUCUAUGUUUUGUUUUAUAGCUUAGUUGCCUCCUUGGAAAACCCUGGAGUCUGGAAUACCUGAAUUUGAAUACAGCCUCAGACAUUUUCUAACUGUAUGGCCCUGAGAAGGUCAUUUAACUUCUUUCUGCUUCAAUAUCUUCAUCUGUAAAAUGGUGAUAAUAGCACCUAACUCCCAAGGAGGUUAUGAAGAUAAAAUGAUAUAAUAUUAUAAAGUGCUUUGCAAAUAUUAAAGCCCUAUAUAAAUCCUAGCUAUUAUUGUUAAAUAUAGUACAGAUGAGAUGCAGGAGACCUCAGUAGUGAGCUAGUCGAAUCCCUUCUAUAAUAUGUCCAAAAAGGAACCAUCUCUUUGACGAAGCCUAACAAACCACUACCCAAGGGAGCCUUAAUUCUUUUUUGUUUGCUUAAUUUAUUUGCUGUUGCCACAGGUCUCUUAAGAUGAGAUCAGAAUUUGAAAUGAGCAGUUUCCCCCUCUAUUUCUUUUCUUUUUAAAAAAUUUGCCUCUUGAAUUAAACAGUGGGGAACCCUAAAAGAUAUGGAGGAGAGUUCUGAUUCUAUGGCCUAACCAACCUAAUUUUCUUCUGUUAAAUAUUCUUCCUGUUUUAUUAUUCCUUUUUUUAAAAAAAAAAAAAGAAUGGAUAGUAGGGAAGGGUUGACUGUAGAUAGUCUAAUCUAUCCAGAACUAUACUUAUCUGAAAUUUUUGUUUGACCCAUGCUUGUCAAUAUUCAGGCUUACUUACCUGACUUGGGCCCCCUCUCCCACUUCCCAAAUAAUUCCCAAUUCUUAUUUAUCUUCUUUUUUUUUCCAACUCUCUUCUACAAAUACAGAAUGAGGUCAUGACUUUCAUAAUUUUAAAUGUCUUGGUUUGAGAACAAUUGGAUUAAGAAAUAUUAAAAUAUUUUAAAAGCAAAUAUGAAAGUUUUGUUUUUAAGGUUGAAACUGACAAAAACAAUGUAAAAGGAUUUCAUGAAGUUAACAUUUAAGCAUAAUUAAUAUUUUAUAUGGAUUUACUUAGAGUUUAAGGCUUUAAAUGAUUAUUUUAGGAAAUUUACUUUACCUCUCUGGGAAAAAAGGCAGUUGUACACAAUGACCUCUGUGGUAUUUUUCUGGCUCUAAAUCUAUUAUCCUGUGGUCCUCCUAUUUUCCAGGAAAUUAUAAUGUGACUCAUAAGUAGCCACUGAAAUAUUCAUAUUCAAAAAGAAAAACCUGUUCUUAUAUCAUUGUUCCUACAAAAUAAACACAUACAAGCCCUUUGAUGUAAUUAUAACAAAAGUAAAGCUUACAGUUCUCUAAUGCUUUAAGCCAUACAAAGUCAUUUUCCUCCUAACAGAAUCUCAAGAAUUGGAAACAGGCAACCUCAGAGAUCAUCACCACCCCAGCCAACCCAUGUUGUUCAGCCAUGUCUUCUCUUUGUGACCUGUAUGGGGUUUUCUUAGCAAAGAUAGUGGAGUGGUUUGCCAAUUCCUUCUCCAUUAUCCAACCCAUACCUGAACAAAUAUCAAUUUACAAUGUCCCCAACAAGUGAUCAUCCACCUUUUGCUUGAAGGCCUCCAAUGAUGGAAAAGUCAGCACUUCAUAAAGCAGUGCAUUUCACUUUUGGAAGGAAAAAUAGCUGCUAUGUCCCUCCUAAAUUUUCUGUUCUUUAGUCAACAGCCCCAGUUCCUUCAACAGUUCCUCAAAUGGGAUGAAUUAAAGAUCUUUUACCAUUGGGGUCACCCUCCUCUGGACACUCCAGCUAAUCAGUGUCUUUGUAAAAAUGUGCCUGGCUCCUUGAACUGAACAUAGUACUCCAGCUAAGGUCUGACCAAGGUAGAGCACAAUAUGAAUGUUUCCUCACUAGUCUUAAACACUCUGCCUUUCUUCAUGGACCCUAAAAGUGUGGAUUUAGAGUGAAAAGGAACUUUAGAAAUCAUAAAGGUGAAAUGAGUUGUCCAAGGUCACAUAGGUAGUGAGUAGCAGAAUCCAAACCCAGUCUUCUUUCCACUGCUCUUAUGAUGUUCCUUGAUCAUAGCAACUGCUUGAUAUAGAUAGUCUAUUUUCAGGGAAGGAAUUGACUUGCUCAUGGCCCAACAACUAAAAAUUGUUGGUGCCGGGCCUUAAGCCCAGGUCUUCUCACCUGAAUGUAAUUCUCUUUCCAACACCACGUACACAUAGACAACUUAAGUCCCAGAUCAGUUGAGUGAUAGCCAUCAAACUAAGUACUAAAGAAUAGUAAAGAAAAAUGGAAGAGUUUUCAAGGAGAGCAAAACCAGGAUUCAAAUGGGUUUGGGAAGGUUAAACUGAGGGCACAGAAGUAGGAAAUUAUGUAGGGGUUUAGAUCAGACAAAAACCAAGAAAAUAGAUUGUUACUUACUUCAACAAAGUUUCUCUAGACAUCAACAUAAUUAAACAGAGUACAAUUUUUUUUUGGUGAGGCAAUUGGGGUUAAAUGACUUGCCCAGGGUCACACAGCUAGUAAGUGUCAAGUGUCUGAGGCCGGAUUUGAACUCAGGUCCUCCUGAAUCC